UCAUCACCAGCCAUUGCUUUCAAGAUUAUGACCCUUCAUUUGAUUGAAUUGAAAUUUUGUCAUGGGUUUAGUUGAUAAAAUAAUAUAAAUGUGAUAAAAAUCACACAAGCCAAUGUACUAACCUGUAUUCCAAACGUGUGUGGAAGUGCAGUAUAUAGGUAGAAUACACUCUUUACACUUACACACUUUAUUAGGUCAACCUGUACAACAGCUUGUUACUACAAAUAUUUAUUCAGCAAAUCGUGUGGCAGCAACUAAAUGCAUAAAAGCGUGCAGCCAAUAUGUUCAGCUGUUGUUCAGACCAAAUAACCAAAUGAAGUGACUUUGACCAUGGAAAGAUUGUUGGUGCCAGACAGGGCACAACAUGCAUAACAGUCUCGAGAGUUUGAAGGGAAUGGUGCGAAAAACAAAAAACAUCCAGUGAGCAGCAGUUCUGCGGGCAGAAACGCUUUAUUAAUGAGAGAGGUCAGAGGAGAAGGGUCAAAGCUGACAGGAAGGUGGCAGUAAUGCAAAUAACCACACAUUACAACAGUGGUAUGCAAAAGAGCAUCUCUGAACACACAACAUGUCAAACCUCUAAGUGGAUAGGCACCAGCAGCUGAAGACUUAAUAAGUCUAAAAAAAGAAAUGUAAUAAAUACCAAAAAAAGUGCUCUCUGAGUGUAUAUAAGCUAGCUUUGAGCCAUUAAUAUCCUGUUACUAACCCCAAACGUGUUCAAUAUUUAGCUGUAGUCACAGGCUAACAGGAGCCAACAUGAGGCAAUGAUUCUCUUUAGCGCCACUGGAGCGAAUGGGGGGGCAAAUGUGGAUGCCUCAAAUGAAAUAAACUACCAUUGUACUUAUUUUUGACCCUGCCAAUUUGCCUGCCAAUAUGGAAAGCCAAAUGUGUGUAUAUUUGUGGAAAAAUAAUGAAUGUGGGAGGGCGCAGACCAGCUCUAUUCCAAAGCAGGUGAUGUGAGGUCCUCAUGUUAAGGUGGCCCAGACAUUGUGUCAGGGGAGGUCACUUCAUGCACGGCUUGUGCAGGCAGCAAACCGUGGGCAUGAAAUUCACCAGAAGCAGUCAACGGUGCGCAAGGAGACAUGGAUGUCCCACCAGCUGAGGUCCCUCUCAUCCCAGAGACUGUAGCCAAUUAUAUGCCCAACUAUCAAACUCUAAAGGCUAUAACCAGCACUGCCAACCAUGGGUUCACAUGGGAUCAAUGUUGAGUUGGUUAGAUUCGUAUAUCUGUUUGAUUUUGUUAGUUGGAAAUAUGAUCAUUAAAAUAAUUAAAUGCACAUUUUUAUUAUUUAUCAUUAUCAUUCAAAAAAUGUUGAACGUGCUAGAAUUGUUUCCAUAGUUACGUUCAUGGGAACAGUUAUGAGGCAAUACCUUAAAAUGCAACUGAAAGAGUUCCUUGAUAUAGAAAUCGCCAUGUAAACGGCAAAGGCAGAUUUCUUCGCAAGAUUUGUAAUGAAAGUAAAAUGCCAUAUUUUUGAAUGUCUGUGUUUGAAUGCACUAUAGGCACAUUCGCUGCAGGCAGAAGACGCCGGAAGAGUGCACAGGUUAUCGGUAAUCCAGAAGAAGCAGUCGGGUCAUGCCCUGCCGUUGAGCGGGCCCGGAGGUUUGGCUCUGAGGCACAGGCCUACUCAUCACGGCUCAAAAACUGACCCUGUGUACCAGAACGGGAAUGACGGCCAAUCGGGAGGACCCCGGGGUCGCAAAUAAACUGCUGACGGCUGAUCCGACCGCUGAUCCGCCUUGGCCGGAACCGCCGAGCGAUGAGCAGAUCGCCGCCUGGCAGGAGGAUGACUACGCCCUGGGCGAUGACAGCACAGACGAUAUUUUCUACGAUGCCGUCGAAAGCCUUUCGCCCUUCGCCGACGGUCUGACGGGGGACGGCCUGAACGACAGUGACUCCCACGCACGCCAGAUUAACGGUAAAGGUGGCGUGCCACUGUUGCCACCGGGCCUUUGUGCACCUGUUGUUCCAGAGGACUCGGACAGCAGCGGCGCCGGGAGCCGGGCGGUCCGUUUAGCCCAGCCGGAGGCUGACAGCGGUUGUUACCCCUCUGAUGAAUUAUGGCUAAAUGCGAAUCAGGUGCUAGCAGGUGAGGAAGAACACGCUAUUCUGGGGCGGCAAAACAAAUGCUCUGACGACACGGUCUUUGCUGGCAGCCACAAUGAAGGCAGUCUGGUGUCCAGUUACCCAUUGGCGAUGAUAGCCGCCAUUGGCUCACCGGUUGAUGACUCAUGGUUCAGGAUGCCACCUGUUAUAACAUGGCCAGCCGUAGACAGCUGGUCAGACUCACACUCCGGCAUUGCUCACAUUGUCCUUUCCGGCCCGGAGGAACCUCCAGCGAUAGUGAUACAGACACUGGAGGUCAUGGCUAUCAAAGACAAAGAAGGGGGCCCUCGCUAUGCUCAGGAGGACACGGAAACAGCACAGCAGAUGUGCCUGGUUACAGCCGGCCAAGACAACAGUGAGUUGACAGCCGAGAGGGGAUUGGAGAAGGACCAGACCCUACUGAAAAUCCAGGGUGGAGACCCGGGCGUGCAUUACUGCGGAGAUAAGGCAGACAGCGAGACGGCACUCAGCGAAGAGCACAGUUCUCAAGUGACCUCAGGGGAAGCAAGAUGCUCAAAUCUUCACUUUACCGAAGCUUCUCAAAACCUCUGCGAGUUGGAAAUGACUGAUAUUUUGACUUCCACGGAAUACACUGCAACUACAGUCAUCUCUGACAGUGCUGAAGAUAUCACUCCCAUGUGGGAAGGAAUGUCUAUUGGUGAGGAAGACAUGGAGAUUUGCUUUGAGAAAAGGAUUCCGUCACAGGGUUCUGGGGAAGAGAAAGUCAGUAAAUCUGAAUGCCAGAAUUCUUCAGAGGAACCGCAGACACCUGAGCUGGAGACCGGUGCGCUUUGGAAGGUGACGGGAGACGCGCUCUUUCCGCCCCGUGUGGACGCCGAGGAGGGGGUGAGAAGUGGCAGAGGCGAUGAGCGCCUGACGGUCUCGGGUUUCUCCGGCGAGCCUUCCGCUGCGAAGCCCUCGCCGAGGCGCUCCGCUGGAGCUCAGAGCGCCGACGCGGUCCUACAGGGAGCGGCGGGGAGAGCCCCCGCCCAAACGCACCGUUACCCACGGCCCGAAGAGACGGGCUCGGCCGCGCGCCGCGAGGACAAGCCCCUCCGGCUCAAUCUCCAGCGGCGGAGGAACGACAGGUUCGAUGGCGUUACGCCUUUAGCCUCAAAUUGCCAAAGGAACAUUCGCUUUAAUACAGAUGCAUAUGCCACUUUGAAAGGGGACCGGCAGCAAGCCAGGAUUUUAGAGACUGAGAGAAACAGGACGUUUGAUAGAUCUGGGGCAUUUCUUUCAGAAAAUAAGAGAGAAGAACCGCUAGAUGUUGGCGAAGGGAAGGCAGCAUGCGGUGAUUUUCCAUCAGGUGACCAUGAAGGAAAAAUAGCAUUUUGUUGUGCUCAGAGUGCUGACGAAGAUCUUUUCAAGCCUUCGUCUCCUGGAGAGAGACAGCGGCCUUUGUCCCUGGACAAAAGGAGCCACGAAACCACCGGGACAGUCAGUAGCCUCACCAAAGACUUCUCAAAGCUGCUCAUACUCGCUGGCAACACGUUUGUAGUCUGUGAAGAAGUAAAAACUGCGUACAUCACUCUAGACCUGAAUGAUCCCGUAGGCCGCGUGACUUGGCCCGGUCUGGAGGAUGGAAACAGGAUUGACUAUACAUCCGCUUUAGAACACAUGAAGACUAAUAAGACUCGGUGUGUUGGUGAAAUUAACCAAAAAGAGGGCCCUAAGAUGCCUCAGAAAACGUCAAGGACAUCUUCUGGGAGUAAAAUAUCAACAGGCAACAAGAGCAGAGAGAAACCAGCCAGCCACCAGGAGAAGUCCAAACACGCUGCCACUCAAGCUUCAAAAAAGCAAGAGACUCCCAUUCCCGAGUCACCUGUCACUUGUGAGUCACCGAUAGCAACCGCAGGAAGUAAAGCCGCGCCUGGGACCGAGGCGGAGACAAAAGAGAUGACAGAAAAGUGCACCAAAUCCCGCGGUAAAAAGAAGAAAAAACAGCCCCAGCAUUCAUCUGGAAAAGUUGAGGCUGAGGCUUUGAAAGAAGCGACGUGCGGUGCCCAACCACAAACUGCAGGCCUGGCAGAGCAGGCGGGGAGUACUGACAAACUGUCUGUUGUUGCCCCCCAAACUAACCGUUUGCCAACACAGAACCGAUCAGAAGUAAAAGAUGUCACAGCCAAAGUCAAAAGGAAAGGCACCGUAACCGACGAGUGGGCGAGCGCUACAGACACAGACGAAAGGCGGCCGACUGGCCUGGCCAAGCUGCAAGGUGAGCAUGUUUUAAAGCGCAGGCAUUUAUUUGAGGCCAAGGCUGGGCAGCGACCUUCGGAAUCAAAGCCUCAGAAAGCCUCUCUCCCGGUGAAGGAGGAGGAACAGGCGGCAGCACCAGAGGCAGGCCAGAGGAGAGCUUACAGUGAAGUGGUCAAACAGACGCCUCAAGCACACAAAGAAGUCCCAAAAGUGCUGCAGGACAUAAGGGCUGAGAAGCUUUCUGACGAGCUUGGAGGCAUUAGCCUUCAGUGCCAGUUCAGUGCUGUCUCAAUGGAGAGCUCUGUGCUGUGGACUAGGGAAGGGGCAGUCCUGGAACAAGCUGAGAGAAGUGCAGGUGAUGAAAGGCUACUUUCCUUCACAAUCUCCAAACCCUCAAGUAAAGACCUGGGACGGUACCAGUGCUGUCUAAGUUGCCCCCUUGGAACCCUGACCUCUGAGUUCUACCUGACUUCUGAUGUGCUGAGUGAACUUCUUCCCUCUCAAGACCACCAUGCAGGGCUAUCGUUGUUCGUCACAGCGGAGGUGGUCGAGGGGGUGGAGGAGGAUGUGAAGUGCACCCCGCUGCUGUUCAAAGAGGACUUCCUCAGUGAGCAGUAUUUCGGGGAGAACCAGCCCACCAGCAUCUUGACCGAGCAGGCCCACUUCGGCGAGGGCAUGUACCGUAGGGCCUUUCGGACCAAGCUCCUGGGUGGCAUGCUGCCAGUGUUCAGCCCCGGGCACCCCUGUGUGCUCAAAGUUCACAACGCCAUCAGCCAAGGGACCAGAAACAACGAUGAGCUCAUUCGUAAGAACUACAGCCUGGCUGUGGAGGAGUGUUGUGUACAGAACACUGCCAGGGAAUACAUUAAAGCCUACACAACGGUGGCCAGGUCUGCAGAGGACUUUGGAGAGGUGCCAGAAAUCAUUCCCAUUCUCCUAGUCCACCGACCCUCCAGCGACAUCCCGUACGCCACGCUGGAGGAGGAGCUGAUGGGAGAUUUUGUGAAGUACUCCGUGAAAGACGGGAAGGAGAUCAACCUGACGAGGCGGGACUCUGAGCCGGGCCAAAAGUGCUGCGCCUUCCAGCACUGGGUGUACGACAAGACCGAGGGCAACCUGCUGGUCACCGACAUGCAAGGAGUGGGGAUGAAGUUAACCGAUGUUGGCAUAGCAACCCCUAAAAAAGGGUACAAGGGGUUUAGGGGAAACUGUGCCACGUCAUUCAUAGACCAGUUCAAAGCUCUUCAUCAGUGCAACAAGUUCUGCCAGUUACUGGGCCUGAAGUCCCUCCAGCCCAGCCAGGCAAAGCCCAGACGGACCCCGCCAGGCCCAAAGCCCCAGCCCCAGCCCAAGAAGAAGCCCUUUGCCGUCAAUCUGAAGAGCAAAUCCUGAAGCAGUCAGUGGUGGCCUCCAACCGUGGGGCACUAUCUACCAUGAAUGUUCAGAGACUUCUUUUCUGGGGCGUUCACAUUUUACAAGUGUUCUUGUACUGGACAGCAUAAACAUUUCAUCUUUUUUUGGUACUGAUUGCGGUCCAGAUUAUCAGCUAUUAAAUUAUUGAAAUAGUAAUUUUACCACUAAUAUCAAUUAUUAAUGUUAUCUCUUUGAUGACAUACAGUUCCCAAUUGUAAUAAACAAACUAGAAAUUACUUUCUGUAAGUUAAAAAUGGGUCAUAUAUUUAAUGUAUAUAAGGCAUACUGUCACAUUAUAGUACACUAGCAGUAUUCAUGUACAUGAUGAAUAUAUCAUAUUAGAAAUGUAUUUUUGAUUUUACUUUCCAAAUUAAUUUGGAGAAUACAUUACAUGUAAUAGUCAUUUAGAUAUAUUAUAUACAAAUAUUACAAAUAUUAAGAUAUUUCAUAGAAUAAGUAAGUAUCAUAAAUGUUUUCCUUUUCUGGUUACUUUAAGGGCAGCUAGAUGUUUUUGCUAUAAAUCGGUCUCCUCUAAAUGAAAAGCUUGAUGUAUAUACUCUGUUAUUUUAAGUAUGUUUGUGAUUAGAAAUUAAGCACUAACCUUGAAACAGUGUUUGAGUUCACUUUCUUUUUAAUAUGUGCCCUCUCAUCUCUGGGGUUCCUUGUACAAAUGAUGUGGAAACUCACUUUAGAAAUAAAACCAACCCCUCCAUCCAUCCACCUCCCCCACUUCCCCAGCUCUUAGUCAAGAUGACACAGUGUUCACAGAGAGCAUCGCACAGUGUUCACAGAGAGCAUCGCACAGUGUUCACAGAGAGCAUUGCACAGUGUUCACAGAGAGCAUCGCACAGUGUUCACAGAGAGCAUCGCACAGUGUUCACAGAGAGCAUUGCACAGUGUUCACAGAGAGCAUCGCACAGUGUUCACAGAGAGCAUUGCACAGUGUUCACAGAGAGCAUCGCACAGUGUUCACAGAGAGCAUCGCACAGUGUUCACAGAGAGCAUCGCACAGUGUUCACAGAGAGCAUCGCACAGUGUUCACAGAGAGCAUCGCACAGUGUUCACAGAGAGCAUUGCACAGUGUUCACAGAGAGCAUUGCAGUCGUUCUCUGAAGAGAGGCUGUUUGUGUGGACCCUGAGCUUCACUGGCGGCUGAACAGGACAGGUCAACCCCUGGAACAUUUUGACCGGUUGACUAUUGAAACCAUCUGUCUCUCUGCCUCGCUAGCUAUGCCGGGCCUGCGAUCGGUGCAGUUUCCAGGGAACUUUUGACCCGUUUGAAUCCUCACCAACCUAUUUAUACCUUUUUAACUCCCCUUAAAUUUAGCCAGGGCCCUAACGUUAUCCCAUCCCUCCUCAGAACUUGAUAAUGUGUUUUUAUAUCCUUUUAUGUUCCGGCCUUUAUAUCCUUUCGACAUUUCGAAGAAGGUUUUGAGCUGAAUGUGCUGCCUGUAACGGAUCUGGUAGCUGUGAUAUGACCGUCUGAUCAUUACCUCUCCCGGUGCUGAUUUACAUGCCCUGGCGUGUGGAUGUAGUUUUCUAUGAGACGUACUUGUGUUACAUACGUAGUAUGGAGGCAUUCUGCCAUCUAGUUUACUGAAGCUGUGAACCGUUUUCUUUCUUUAUUUUUGUAGCUGUCGAAAAAAAAUGAAGUGUGUCACUUCUCAGUGGAAUGAAACUGUGAGAAUAAAAAAAGAGUAUUUUUAUUGUU